CCUUCAAGUACUGCACAUGGGAGGACUGAAGGAUUUUCCACCUCUUUGAAUACAUUUUACAACUUUUUGAAGUGUUUUUUCUUUUUUCAUACUUGCGCAAAGAGGACGACGGAUCUCUGCGUCGCUGGCCCUCGCCUGCGUCAUCAUGAUGUCGAUGAACAGCAAGCAGCCGUUCAGCAUGCACCCCAUCCUGCACGAACCCAAGUACACGCCGCUGCACUCCAGUUCCGAGGCCAUCCGCCGGGCCUGCUUGCCCACGCCGUCGCUGCAGGGCAACAUCUUCGCCGGCUUCGACGAGACGCUCCUGCAGCGGGCGGAGGCGCUGGCCGCCGUGGACAUCGUGAGCCAGAAGAGCCACCCGUUCAAGCCGGACGCCACCUACCACACCAUGACCACCAUGACCAGCAUGACGUGCACGCCCACGUCGUCGUCGGCGCACUUGCACCACCCGUCCGUGCUCACCUCGCACCACCACCCGGCGGCGCACCACCACCAGCCGGCGCAGGGCCUGGAGGGCGACCUGCUGGAGCACCUGACGCCCGGCAUCUCCCUGGGCGCUAUGGCCGGCUCGGACGUGUGCUCCACGGCGUCGCACAUGAGCGCCAUCAACCACAUGCAGCACCACCACCACCACCAUCACCAUCCGCACCACCCGCAGUCCAUGAACAUGCACGCGCACGGCCUGGCCUCGCACGGCUCUCUAGGGGGCGCCGCGGCGGCGGGGGUGGUGGUGGGCGCGGGCGGCGGAGGCGGCGGAGGCCCGGCGGGCGGCGACGCGGAGCCCGACCCCCGGGAGUUGGAGUCGUUCGCCGAGCGCUUCAAGCAGCGGCGCAUCAAGCUGGGCGUGACGCAGGCGGACGUGGGCGCCGCGCUGGCCAACCUGAAGAUCCCCGGCGUGGGUUGCCUGAGCCAGAGCACCAUCUGCAGGUUCGAGUCGCUGACGCUGUCGCACAACAACAUGGUGGCGCUCAAGCCCAUCCUGGAGGCCUGGCUGGAGGAGGCGGAGCGGGCGCAGCGGGAGAAAAUGGCCAAGCCGGAGAUCUUCAGCGGCGGCGACAAGAAGCGCAAGCGCACGUCCAUCGCGGCGCCCGAGAAGCGCUCGCUCGAGGCCUACUUCGCCGUGCAGCCGCGGCCCUCGUCCGAGAAGAUCGCCGCGAUCGCAGAGAAGCUGGACCUGAAAAAGAACGUCGUGCGCGUCUGGUUCUGCAACCAGCGGCAGAAGCAGAAGCGCAUGAAGUUCUCCGCCACGCACUAAAAAAAAAAAAAAACGACAAACGAGCGGAGAAGAGCGAAAGAAAGAAAAGAAAAGAACAAAGUCCCCGUUUUUCCCUUUGGGGAGACGCAUCGUGGAGCGGCUCUUUGUGCCUCGACAAGACGUUUCAUCACCUCGAGCGUUGUGGGAGGCGACCAAAUAAGACUUCCGUUACUCCACUUGAGCAGAUCCUUGGAGUAACGUAAAUCAGGGAGUGUGAGA